AUUCCUCCUUUGAUACCAUUCCAAUUUAAUGCAAUAUAUUUUUUUUAAUUCUAAAACCUGAAGGACGUAUUAAGGACUACUUUUGGACGAACCAUUAAGAACGGACCCUGUAGAGCACCAUUAAUGAAUUGAACUUCCCACACACAUAGCACAGUUUCGCUUAACAGACUGUUUAAAAUGAUGUAGUUUACGUAAAAUCAAAAGUUCUCAUGUGCUAAAUUUGCCCGCGUUGUUGACUGUUUCUAAGGAAACAAACCGUCUGACAGAGGUGUCGAUAAUCACACGUCUUUUCCACACGCAAAGCAUACAAAAAUACCUUACAGUCGUGUGAAGAAAACGGAACAAGUGUUCCUCCUUUUUGAUUUCUACUUUAAAAAAAGCAUUAGUGUUCUUCUUAAUUCAGGAACAUUAAAUUGAAUUUAAAUUUAAAUUUAAAUUAAAAGAAAAAACAAUUAAAAACGUAAAAACAAAUUGGAACAAUGAGUGAACUAAUAUUAGAAUCCACGAAUACCACGGACGCUAUUAAUUUUAAAAUUAUGAGUAUAUUGAAUCCAACUCUUCAUCAUCAUGAUCUUUUGCAAAGUUACGUGCGUGCACCUGUUGAAGGUUCUUCUAAUUCAAAGCAAUCUGAAGAACCAGAAAAUUUAAAUGAACAUUCUUCUUCCUCUUUGGAUAGCUGUCUUGUCAGGGGAUCUCCUGAAGACAUCAAUGAAGGUAGUCUAAUUAGCGACAAGAAGAAGAGGAAAAAGAAGAAGAAGAGGAACGACAAUAAACAAGAAAAAAGAAACUCUAACAAAUUAUCUGUUGAAUCGGAAAUGAAAAUUCAAAAGAAAAAGAAAUGACGCCGACAGGAUAAUGGUACUCGUCGUCACGAAGAAGUAUAUACGGAUAAAGAUCGAGCUGCAGCGGUAAAUAUGGGUACCAAAGACAUCAAGCAAUCAUUGAAAAUGAAACAAAAGCAUGAUAGAAAUUUGAAAUUUCCCGAAGAUACUGAACCGACCGCAGUAUUGGCCUUAGGAUUACGUGAGAUGCGUCUCGGUGAUAUAAAAGUCGCAAUGAAUUGUAUUAAUAAGGCAUUGGAGCUUGAACCAAACGACAAGAACGCUUUAAUAGCACGGAGUAAAUGCCAUCUUCUCUUAGGCGAGCCUGAUAAAGCAUUGCAAGACGCCGAGAGUGCACUACAACAUAAAAUGAAAAAUGUUAAUAUGGCUAAAGCGAUACAUUGUAAAGCAGAAGCUUUGUACCAUCUCGGUGAUUUUGAAAUGAGUCUCGUGUAUUAUUAUCGUGGAAUGAGAAUUCGUCCAGAAUAUUUACAAUUUCGUCUCGGUGUUCAAAAAGCGAAAAACGCGAUAGAAAAUGUACUGCGUAAAGAUUAAGAAAAUAAUAAAAUAAUUAAUUAUGUGUUACAUGUAUAAUAUAAUCAGGUAAAAUAGAGGGCAUUGUUAUUUUAAAAAAAA